AAAAGUAAAACACGACUGGUGAAUUUAGACGCCAAUUUUUUAGUAACUCAGGUAUGACCUUCAUCAGGUUGGCCGUGUUUUUGAGCGUGCUGGCGGCAGCCUCCCCGCUCCGCUUUUCCUCUGCUGGUCAGGGUGCGUCGGGGUGCUCCGCCCUUUCAGUGUGCGUGCCCAUCUCCAAGUGUCCGAGCGGCCUUAAGGCCUUGAGGCGCAGACAGGCGCUGCCCCCUCUCUGCGGAUACAAAGGAAACUUGUUAAAGGUUUGCUGCCCUGAGCUUCGCGCGUCGGCAAAAUCUCUUUCGGCAUCAGGGCAGGUGACCACCACCACAGAUCAAAAUUCCGUCGGGAGGAGCUCGCCGCCAAAGGUUGGCGCCAGGUCGGCUGAGGCCUGUCAAAAAUACUCGGAAAUUGCGUUUCCCAAGAUUAACUUGUUUGUCAAGAAUGGAAUCGAGGCUGAUGUUGGUGAGUUUCCGCACAUGGCGCUGCUCGGCUUCAAGUACGACAAGGACCAGCAAAACUCAGGUCGCACCUUGACCAAGGGGGUGAACGCGUCGUGGUUGUGCUGCGGCACCCUGAUCCACGAGCGGUUCGUGCUGACGGCGGCGCACUGCCUCGAGAAGGAAUUUCCGAUCGUGGUGCGCCUCGGAGAUUUGGACUGGAACUCUGACGAAGACGGCGCACAGCCCAAGGAAUUUUCCAUUCUCAGGAUCGAGUCGCACCCUGAAUUCAACCGGAUCAGCCUGGCGAAUGACAUCGCACUAAUCGAACUCGGAACACAGGUUCCAUUCAACUGGGUGAUGCAGCCUGCGUGCCUGCCAGCGCCGGGGGAGAACCAGGACGCGUUGGGACAGGACCUGCUUGUGACCGGCUGGGGCGACACCGCUUAUGACUCCCUGUCGGCCACGUCGAUGUUGAUGAAGGCCAGCCUGCGCGCCGUGGACUUCGAGGUGUGCAACGCCACCUACGCCGGCACCCAGACGGGUGGCUUGCUCGAGGAUAAGCAGAUGUGCGCCGUCGACCCCAAGAGGCUGGCCGACGCGUGCCGGGGCGACUCGGGCGGGCCCCUGCAAGUCAGGGUCAAGGACUCGCAGCUGAUGAAGGUUGUUGGCGUCACCAGCUCCGGAAUAGGCUGCGGAAGCAGUCCAGGACUCUACACCAGGGUUUCUGCAUAUAUUGAGUGGAUCGAGAACAUUGUGUGGCCCAGCAACGCUCGUCUGUGUAAUCGAGAAUAUUAUAAUCUGCCAGCGCCGGGGGAGAACCAGGACGCGUUGGGACAGGACCUGCUUGUGACCGGCUGGGGCGACACCGCUUAUGACUCCCUGUCGGCCACGUCGAUGUUGAUGAAGGCCAGCCUGCGCGCCGUGGACUUCGAGCUCGAGGAUAAGCAGAUGUGCGCCGUCGACCCCAAGAGGCUGGCCGACGCGUGCCGGGGCGACUCGGGCGGGCCCCUGCAAGUCAGGGUCAAGGACUCGCAGCUGAUGAAGGUUGUUGGCGUCACCAGCUCCGGAAUAGGCUGCGGAAGCAGUCCAGGACUCUACACCAGGGUUUCUGCAUAUAUUGAGUGGAUCGAGAACAUUGUGUGGCCCAGCAAGUGAACAUCUUUUAAAUUUUAAUAAAAGAAAAAGGUGUCUCAUGGAAUUUUGUUUACUCUCUAGUGUUUUGAAUACCACAAUUUAUUAAACUGAAAAUUAAUUAUAUUCAUUUAUGGCCCAAAUCAAUUCUAAAGUGGUGGAACAUAUAUUUUCCAUUGCAAGCCAACUACAUUAAUUUACAGGAUUUUCUGAACAUGUCCCGAAAUUUAAAAUUUAAAUUUUAUCUUUUUGGGUCAGACUAGAGUGUCCAUCGGGCCGGGAAAUUCUUGGGUGGAGAAAUUACAGAUUUGAAGCUCAGGAAUAAGGGACACAGUCAAGAGUUACAGUACGACUUUCAUUCACAGAACUGGAUUUUCGGGGAUUGUCGAGAUAACGAAUGUACAACCUUCAGGGUCCCACCCAGACGUGAUGUGAAAAAUUGUCCUUAUGCAUUGAGUAUA